AUUUUUCACAAAGAAAACGUCAUGGAGCAAGUCACCGAAAAAUCGAGUACAUUAAUAAAUUUAGAAAAUUCCAAUCGAAAAUUAUUGAAAAAUCAGUCGUUUCUGUACGACGAGAACAAAAAGUUGUAUUCAAAUUUGGAAAAAUUCGCUCAAGAAUUGGAGGACUUAAAGAGAAGCAGCAUUGCCACGGACCAAUAUCAAUCUUUGCGCAGCGAGAAAAGUUUGCUAAUUCUUCAGAACAAACAACUGAAAUCGAAACUCAAGCAGAUUAAAGCUCCUUCCAAAACGAACAGCCACGAGACUGUGACUACAAAACAAGAAACGCUUCAUGGUGCCUUCGACGGCUUAGACCAAAUUUUGGGAAGGAUUAAAGGCGAUCAACACAGAAUACAAAUCAACAAUCAACCCGUCGAAAUCAGCGACACUCUGAAAGAACUCACAAGACAGCUGGAGUUGGAGCAGAAGAAAACGCUGGCGUUGAAUGAGCAACUCCGCCAAGAAAGGAACGAUGACGAAAAAGGCACCUUGAAAACCAAGUUGAUCGACAUGAAAGACAAGAUCACCAAUUUGGAAGUGGAAAACACCAAACUAAUCUUCCAGAAUGACCAGUUGACUGACGACUUGAACAGAACGAAAAAGCAACUUGAAAGAAGCGAGGCCGACUUGAGUGUUGAGAUUAAAAAGAGCCACGAUUUCGAAAAGGAAAAGGACAAACUUAAACGAAGCAUAUCCGAAGUGGAGAACGACAAUUUAAGGUUGAAGAAGGAAAUGAUAGAAGAAUUGAAUGAGGCGAACCGGGCCAAACGAAUCUCCAUAGAUACCGAAAUUGCUCUGCAACACAUUUCAGAGGCAUAUGAGAAUAAGCGUAAGGAGGCGAUGAAAUACAUCGCUGAAAUCGACGAGCUUAAAAAAUCGCUUAGUUUAAAUAAAAAAUAAAUUACUUCCUGGGGCAUAUGAUGUAUUAAAAUUAAUGUUAUUUGAAUACUAAAUUAAAUCGG